AAUUAUAAUAUUUAACUUCUUCUCUUCCAAAUCCAAUACCCCAUUUUACUUCUCAUAAAAUAUGGUCUCCCGAAUCUCAGUCUACACCGCUUGAAACCAUUUUUGUUUUGGUCUCCAGCAACUCUGUUUCCGCUGUCUCCUUCUGUCAGUUUGACUCUUCAGCCUCUUGCCUGCAGCGUUUUGUAUUGAAUUUGUCAUCAAAGCUCUCCCUUUUCAUUCCCACAUUCUUCUCUCUUUCAUUCGUUUCAGAAAAAAAGUCAUCUUGUUUCUUUUUUUUAUUUAUUUAGCUGUUGGUCUGUGAAAUGUGAAUGGAAUAUCAUACUGGGAUUUUUUCAGAGUUGUAAAUAAAACAAGGGGCUUGUUUAUGAUUUUGGAGGGUAGGAUCUUGUUAUAAUGGAAACGUCCCCUCCCAUCUCUGGUCCUCCCUCACCAUCACCAACUUCUUCUUCUUCUGUUACAAGCAGUAGUGGUGGUGAUACCAGUGAUUCUUCAAGAAGCUUUGCCAUUCAAGUUCCAGCUCUAAACUUGUUCCGAUCACCCCUGUCCCUCCUACUGGAAUACUCUGGCAUUUUUUCCAAUCCCACCCUUAAUCAACCUCGUGGGGUUUUAGUCAACACUGAUUUGCAACCUCCUGCUAAUGCUGCUUCUGGGGCUGGGGAGGUUUCUAUUCAAAUCAUUGGGCCUGCAAGAGCUGAAGAAGACAAUGCCCAACCCUCCCUGGACCACGAUGGAGUUGAGGAGGACGAUCCUCUUACCGGCAGCAGUACCAGUAACGAGGAAAGGAGUUCCAAUUCGUCUUACCAGAUGCAGAGUUAUGAUGUACAGCGCAUUGCGAGGUGGUUUGAGCAUAUUCUUCCCUUUUCAUUGCUAUUGCUGCUUGUCUUCAUUCGUGAGCAUUUACAAGGUUUUGUUGUCAUGAUUUGGGUUACAAUUGUCAUGUUCAAGUCAAAUGUAAUCCUCCAAAAGCAGACAGCACUGAAGGUUUUGCAGGGAGAGAGAAAGAAUGCAGUUCUAAUCACAUACUCAGUACUUUUUAUGCUUCAUGUGAUUGGUGUUUAUUGGUGGUAUCGGGACAAUGAUCUUUUAUAUCCUCUGGUCAUGCUUCCUCCAAAGACAAUUCCACCUUUCUGGCAUGCGAUAUUCAUCAUUCUGGUAAAUGAUGCAAUGGUGCGGCAGGCAGUGAUGGCAUUUAAGUGUGUACUGCUCAUUUAUUAUAAGAAUGGCAGAGGGCACAACUUCCGCCGACAGGGACAAGUGCUAACCCUGGUCGAAUAUACACUCCUGUUAUACCGAGCAUUGUUACCAACACCUGUCUGGUACCGGUUCUUCUUAAACAAAGAUUAUGGGAGCCUUUUCUCUUCAUUGACUACUGGGCUGUAUUUAACUUUCAAGCUCACAGCUGUUAUUGAAAAGGUUCAAUCCUUCUUUGCUGCCCUGAAAGCAUUGUCACAAAAGGAAGUUCACUAUGGGUCAUAUGCCACAUUGGAACAGGUAAAUGAAGCAGGAGACCUUUGUGCCAUAUGCCAGGAGAAGAUGCAAGCACCAAUCCUGUUGCGUUGUAAACACAUAUUCUGUGAGGACUGCGUCUCUGAAUGGUUUGAGAGAGAAAGGACUUGCCCGCUGUGCAGAGCUGUAAUUAAAGCUCCAGAUCUACGAUCCUUUGGGGAUGGGUCUACAAGUUUGUUUUUUCAGUUGUUUUAGUAUCCAGAUUUUAGUUCCAUGCCACGGCCUUAUUUUUUUGAGCUGUGCUCUCCCAUAGGUUUUGUCUUGUCUCUUAGAUUGGUCUAUAGUGAAUUCUCUCAUCCAAGGUUGACCAUAUUGGUUUUAAUUUAAGCCAAGUAGUAGAAAGAGAUUAGCAAUAUGUGCAUUUGUUCCGUUAAUGAGGUUAAUUGAAGCUGAGCUUUCGGAUGGAAGGGAGGAUUCUGAUGUUGUAUUACAUUAUUUUCUUUAAUUUGUCAUACUUGCCUGAAAAUGUAAACGCAUUGAUCAGGAUAAUGUUAUAUUCCAAUCAUGAAUGUAUAACUUCUUUGAACUC